AUGGAAAUCUACACCCGCGUUCCAGGUACUCCAGUCUCGCUCGCCGCUCGCAACCUGAACAUUUCGCCUUCCAAGCCGUCUUUCGCGCGCGUCUCGAAACCUCGUCCAAAGACGCACGCCAACAACCAGUGCCUUCCACCUACAGAUAUGCUGCCAGAACAAGUGCAGUCCGAAGAAAUGGCGAACACGACUCACGAGCAUCCACAAGAGUCAGAAGAACAGAAGAACCGGGUGAUGAUGGAGGGAAUCAAGCAAGAGAAGGAAGAGAUUGCAAAGCGCGAAGCGGCUGUCAAGAAGCGCGAGCAGUUGCUCGACAUCCGCGAGAUGAGUUUGGUAACGCGCGACAUGGUGAUGAAGCACCGCGAGCAAAAGGCAUCGACGAAUGAGCUGGAUCAAGACCUACGCGAAGAAGAGCUUGAUGAGCGCGAAGAAGACCUCACCGCGCGCGAAGAAGCAGUCGCACAGAGCGAGCAAGAGGUCGCCGGACGCAGCAAGGACAUGGAUAUCCGCCAUCUCAGCCAAGAUCUGCGCGACGAUGACCUCGACGAGCGCGAGAAGUUCCUCUUCGAGCGGGAGAAGGCGGUCGCGAAGCGCCAGAAAGAGAUGAGUGUGUUCGAGGACUGGCUCACAUUGGAGGAGACACAGUCCAUGGUGCCAAUUGGUCGCCGCGCGAUGCAGAUUCUCGCGCGCGUUGAGGAGGUUGAGGAGGAAGAGACUGCCGAGGAGGAACACAUCGACCGCCCACAUGCUCCUGCGUUCGGCGAGACCACGAACUCGCAUGAUGAGGAGAGCAAGCUCAGUGGUAUCAAUGGAGAGGAUCAGCCGGACGAAGAAGUGGUUGAAGAGGUGGACCAUGCCGCUGAGGUGGAGGAUACGUCCAUUGCCGGACAGGCUGUCGCCGAGCGUCAACACUCCAAUGUCGUCAGCAUCUUACGGUGGCCAAACAACGACACCACCCUCGACAUCCAUCCAUCAAAUCUCCACAUCUGCUUCGAGAGUCCGCUGCCACAGCGAGCCGAUCUCAUGCCGUGGAACGAAGUCACGACCAAUUUGGACAGUACAGAGUCUCGAUCAGUGUCAGGAAGCAGCAAGACGUCCGACGACGCCUUCUCCGACCUUGCCGAUGAGUUCGAGCUCAUCUCCGACUUUCCUUCACCACCGAAUGGUGUCUGCCCAUUUGGCACGAUCGACAUCGAGGAGGUGCGCGGUCUCGUCAAGCCUCUUCCUGCACUUCCAAUUGGCGCUGGAUACGACUCAUCCGAGCAGGAUAGCGACAACGUACCCGCUCAACAAGAACAAGAGGAGGAACCUGGAUCCUUCAUCUCCUACAGUGACUCUCUUUCCGACAUCGAAGCCAGCGAGGUCGCACAGGUCGACACCGCCACUACAGUCGUCAUUCGCAGCCCUGGACGUUCGUUUCUAUUCGACCUGGGUCACGGGAACCGCGCAACUACCACUGGCUCAGUGCAAUGCGCUGUCGGUCACAAGAUGCGUCGCAUCAAGGGCGUCAUGGAUCUUCGCAAGAUCUCGGGUGAUGUGUUGAUGAGGCGUUGA